GUUUCGCGGAAGCUGAUCUUGUGAGCCGUCCUAAGCUUUAGGCCUAACGAACUAUUGUCACUUAUCCGAGAAAUCAUCCUGCUGCAGCGCUCAAAGAUGCAGCAACUCGCUGGUCGCUCUGCUCCGUUGAGCACGGCAGCUCGCCCUAAUGCCUGCGGACGGCGUGCACAGGUCCGGGUUUCAGCCCGCUUCGCUAACUGGCGCGAGCAACUAUCAAAUGAAAGCUCACAAAGCGCACCCGUGGAACCUAAAAAGAUUCUCAUGAUGGGCGGCACUCGCUUCAUCGGUCUGUACCUGGCUCGACAGCUGGUGGCUGCGGGGCACGAUGUGACGCUGUUCACCCGCGGAAAGAAGCAGGUGGCCGCCCCCAUCCCCGACGACACGCCCGAGUCGUUUGAGGCCUUCGCCGCCUCCAUCAAACACAUUCAGGGAGACCGCAUGGAUUUCCCCGAGGUGGAGCGCAAGAUCGCACGGGAGGGCUUCCAGGUUGUGUACGACAUCAACGGUCGCGAGGCCGCCGAGGUGGAGCCGGUGCUGGCGGGCACUCGGUCCACCCUGGAGCAGUACCUCUACUGCUCCUCCGCGGGGGUCUACCUCAGGAGCGAGCAGAUGCCGCACAGGGAGGAGGACGCGGUGGAUCCCAAGAGCCGGCACAAGGGCAAGCUGGACACGGAGGAGCUGCUGUCGCGCUCCGACGUCAACUUCACCUCGCUGCGUCCCGUCUACAUCUACGGCCCGCUCAACUACAACCCCGUGGAGGAGUGGUUCUUCCAUCGGCUGGCGGCGGGGCGGCCGGUGCCGGUGCCGGGCAGCGGGCAGCAGGUCACGCAGCUGGGUCACGUGAAGGACCUGGCCACCGCCUUCGUCAAGUGCCUGGGUAACAAGAAGGCGGAGCGACAGAUCUACAACAUCUCGGGUGAGCGUGUGGUGACGUUCGAUGGUAUCGCUCGCGCCUGCGCCCGUGCCAUGGGGCUGCCGGACCCCGAGAUCGUGCACUACAACCCCAAGGAGUUUGACUUUGGCAAGGACAAGGCCUUCCCCAUGCGCGACCAGCACUUCUUCGCAUCCAUCGACAAGGCCAUGACCGACCUAGACUGGCGGCCCGAGUUCGGCCUGCUGGAGGGUCUGAAGGACUCGUACGACAAGGACUUUGGGCGGGGCACCUUCCGCAAGGCCGCCAACUUCAAGUGUGAUGACAUGAUCCUGGAGCGGCUGGGCAAGGCAGCU